AAGAUGACUUUAUUUUGACGAUCUAUGCAAUAUUUCAACCGGAAGUCCUUCCAACCCCAACCCUCGUGGCAGGCUAAUAUAUUUAACGCAACCUUCUCAUGCAAUUUGGGUUGAGGUUAGUGACACAGGCCGUUCUCUGUAAGACACAGCGCGUUUUACUUUCUGCUCGAAGCUUGGGCACAUCCAAUCCAAGAUUUCCAAAGCAUCAGCCGGAGAACUGGUUCAGUAAGAGAGGAAAACGCCUGACUAGCGCCGGCAACACGAUGACUGAGGUCGAUCCAAAAGUAGAAGCAAUCCUUCAACCGCUAAGGGAUGCGGUGAAACAGCAGGGAGAUAUUGUGCGGAAACUUAAAGAGGAAAAGGCACCAGAAAUAGAUAUUAAGAGGGCUGUGGCCGACCUUAAGACCAAGAAGAAGGCAUUAGAAGAUAAGGAGCUGGAGCUUGAGCCUAAAGAUGCUCAGUUUGAUAGAGUCAAGAUGGAGGACCUUCUCAAGCAAAGGUUCUUCUACGACCAAGCAUUUGCCAUCUACGGAGGAGUGAAUGGGUUGUAUGACUUUGGUCCCAUGGGAUGUGCCAUGAAGGCGAACCUGCUGAAUGCAUGGAGAAAACACUUCAUCCUUGAGGAACAGAUGCUGGAGGUGGACUGCUCCAUGCUCACACCAGAGCCUGUGCUGAUAGCUUCUGGUCACGUUGAGAGGUUUUCAGAUUAUAUGGUUAAAGACAUGAAGAAUGGCCAGUGCUUCCGAGCUGACCAUUUAAUUGAAGCCCACCUAGAGAAACUUCUCACUGACAAGAAACUGGCAGACGAUGUUAAAGAAAAGGCAGCCAAAAUAUUAUCAGUGAUAGAUGGACUGACCAAAGAAGAAAUGGGCUCCAUUAUGAAGACGUAUAACAUGAAGUCACCAGUCUCUGGGAAUGACUUGUCAGAGCCUGUCGCCUUCAACCUUAUGUUCAGCACCUCUAUUGGACCAACUGGGACCGUGAAAGGUUAUCUACGCCCAGAGACAGCUCAGGGAAUAUUUGUCAACUUUAAACGCCUUUUGGAAUUCAAUCAGGGAAAACUGCCAUUUGCUGCAGCACAGAUAGGCAACUCUUUUAGGAAUGAAAUCUCACCGAGAUCUGGACUAAUACGAGUCAGAGAGUUCACAAUGGCGGAAAUCGAGCACUUUUUAGACCCCGAGGACAAGAGUCACCCCAGAUUUAAGGAUGUCGCCGAUCUACGAAUUCCGUUGCACUCGGCUUGUAACCAGCUGGACGGCAAACCAGUACAGGUGAUGACACUGGGCGAGGCCGUGGAACAGAAAAUCAUCAAUAAUCAAACAUUGGGUUACUUCAUGGGAAGAAUCUACCUAUUUAUGACCAAGUGUGGCGUAGACCCGACAAGGUUCCGCUUCCGUCAGCACAUGUCCAACGAAAUGGCUCACUACGCCUGCGACUGCUGGGAUGCUGAGUGUAAAACGUCUUACGGCUGGAUAGAAUGUGUUGGCUGUGCUGACCGCUCCUGUUAUGACCUGAAGCAGCACCAGAAGGCCACGGGUGUCACCCUGUCUGCAUCCAAGCAACUACCAGAACCUAAAACAGUAGAGUUUGUGGAGCCACAGAUGCAGAAGGGGGUAAUUGGCAAGGCGUUCAAGAAAGAUGGCAAGGCGGUGAUAGACUUCAUUGCUGCGAUGGACAAGGAAGAGGUGGAAGCCAUGGACAGAGCCCUUAAUGACAGAAA